CUUAGACUGGAAUGCAACAGAAUGAAACAUGAUUUUUCCUUCGUAACAAUUUCAGUCAAAGCUGCUCCUCCCACACCGACUCUGACUGCGUCCCCACUGAAGGUGAAGGAGGGAACCUCUGUGGGUUUGACGUGCUCUGCUCCAGCUCCCUGUCUGUCUCAUCCUCCAGCUCUGACCUGGACCCCCGGCCUGGGGGACGCUCAGGAGAAACUGCAGGAGAAUUGGGACAAAACUAAAGUCAAGCUCUCUGUUCUGAACUUCACUGCUUCUCACCUCCAUCAUGGGAAGAAGAUCUACUGUAAUGCCACCUACAACAAAACAGAUGGCAGCUCUGAGUCAGCUGUUAGCACAAGUUUAACAGCUGAUAUUUCAUAUUCCCCCAAAGACACCACAAUGUCAGUCAGUCCCUCUUGUCCAGUUCCAGAGGGCUUAAAUGUGACUCUGACAUGCAGAAGUUCUGCAAACCCUCCAGUCAAGAACUACACCUGGUACAGAGCUGACGGAGGCCAGGAGACUCUUAUUGGGACCGGAGCUGUUCUAAACAUCAAAGUAUCUAAAGACGACAGUCGGUUUUUCUGCAAGGCUGAAAACGAUAUUGGAGCUGGACGAUCCCACAUCAGUUUCUGCAUGGUGUUCCUUUGGAAAGCCAGAAAGAACAUGAAGCCAACAGAACAGGAGAGAGUUUACAUGUCAUUGGAUGGUAAAGACGAAUCUCCAGAGUAUGAUGUCAUCGCCCAAACUCCAAGAUAA